AUGGGAAGCGCACAAACGCAAACGGCAACUCAAGAAAAGCAACAAUCUGCUCAACUGAAAGCCUCUCCACAAACCCAGUUGAAAAAAGUCGAUGAAUUGUUGAAAGAUUAUGAGGCCGUCAUUGGAAUAGAGACCCAUGUGCAGCUUAACACUUUAACUAAGGCCUUUUGUAGUUGUCCUUACAAUUAUGGUGCUCAACCUAAUACCAGUAUCUGCCCUGUUUGUAUGGGAUUGCCAGGGGCAUUGCCAGUCUUGAACUCCAAGGUCAUUGAAUGUGCUGUUAAAGUUGGCCUUGCCCUCAAUUGUAAGUUGUCUUUGAAUUCGAAGUUCGAUAGGAAACAAUACUUCUACCCAGACCUUCCAAAAGGCUAUCAAAUAUCCCAGUUUGAUGUUCCAAUUGCAACUAGUGGUUAUAUUGAUGUGGACCUUCCGGUUGAGUUUGGUGGUGGUCACAGAAAGUUUGGCGUUACCAGAGUUCACAUGGAAGAGGAUGCUGGGAAAUUGCUCCAUACUGGCACUGGGAGUUAUUCUCAGGUGGAUUUGAAUAGGGCUGGAGUCCCUCUCCUUGAGAUUGUUUCUGAACCUGACAUGAGAACUGGUAUUGAAGCUGCAGAAUAUGCUGCAGAAUUGCAAAGGUUAGUUAGAUAUUUGGGAGUCAGCAAUGGGAACAUGCAAGAAGGAUCUCUUCGCUGUGACGUCAAUAUCUCAAUCCGUCCAAUUGGGCAGCAAGAAUUUGGUACAAAGGUCGAAAUAAAGAACUUGAAUUCUUUUUCAUCAGUUGGUAGGGCCAUUGAUUACGAGAUAUCAAGACAGGUGCUUCUUCACAGUCAAGGUCAGGCUGAUCAAAUUGUACAAGAAACCCGCCUCUGGGAAGAGGGCGCCCAGAAAACAACAACAAUGCGGAAAAAGGAAGGACUUUCUGACUAUCGAUACUUCCCAGAACCUGAUCUUCCCGGAAUUUCCAUCACUGAGGAAUAUGUCGAUGAUAUUCGGAAUUCUUUACCUGAACUCCCAGAAAUGAAGCGUCGGAGGUAUGAGAAAAUGGGUCUUAGUAUGCAGGAUGUUCUUUUCCUCACCAAUGAUAUAAGUGUUGCAGAAUUUUUUGAUGCUACUAUAGCAGAUGGUGCUGAUAUAAAGUUGGCUGCUAAUUGGAUUAUGGGCGAUAUUGCUGCCUACUUGAAAAAUGAGAAGUUGUCAAUCAGUGAGAUUAAGCUUACUCCUCAGGAGUUAGGGGAGCUUAUUUCUUCCAUUAAAGGUGAAACUAUCAGCGGAAAGAUUGGAAAAGAGAUAUUGUUUGAACUCAUGGCUAAGGGUGGAACCGUUAAAGGAUUGAUAGAAGAAAAGGACUUGGUUCAGAUUACUGACCCCAGUGAGAUAGAGAAAAUGGUAGAUAAAGUACUUGUUGAUAAUCCAGACCAGCUUGCAAAGUAUCUUUCUGGUAAAACUAGGUUGCAGGGCUAUUUCGCUGGCCAGGUAAUGAAAGAAUCAAAAGGCAAGGCAAACCCAAAACUUUUGAACCAGAUACUUCAACAAAAAUUGGAUGCCAAAAAGUAA